GAACGGUAGAAUGGAAUUGAGGCAUGACAGAGAGCAUAUAAGCAUGGCAAAUCUCUUCUCCAGAAUUCCCUUCCCCCACAUCCGUUUCAUAGCAACCAAUUACAUUGAAUAAAUUCUUUUACUAUAUUAAUCUGCAUCUCGACUACCAAGACGUCAAAUCAAUUUUCUGAAAUGUCCGUUCUUAAGAACGUUAUCGUCAUUGGAGGCGGGGGUAACCUUGGCCCGAGCAUCCUCUCUGCACUUCACUCAUCCUCCCACUCAUUCAAUAUCUCUGUCCUCAGCCGAGCAUCCAGCGCUGCUACCUUCCCACCAUAUGUUACUGUCCACAAGACAGAAUAUAGCCACUCUUCUCUAGUUAAGACAUUGAGGGGUCAAGAUGCUGUAGUAUCGACCGUUGGUGGCAUAGCACUUAGCGAUCAGAAAAAGAUUAUUGACGCUGCCAUUGAAGCAGGGGUGAAGCGUUUCAUUCCCUCCGAGUUCGGCAGCAAUAUCUGGGACAAAAAGACACUUGAGCUGGUUCCAGUUUUUGGAAAGAAAAAGGACGUGGUCGAGUACCUCCGAUCAAAGGAGUCUGACGGUUUGACCUGGACCGAUAUCAUCACGGGGCCUUUCUUUGACUGGGGGCUUAAGGCCGGUUUCCUCGGAUUCGAUCUGAAGUCUAAUACUGCCACGAUUUUUGAUGACGGCAAUCGACCCUUUUCUACGACUACCAUCGCCACUGUCGGAACUGCGGUUGCUAAUUCCCUGGCUCGUCCCUCGCAAACGGCAAACAAGAUCGUAUAUGUGAGUUCGGUUGUAACUACGCAGAAUGAGGUUCUCGCUGCGUAUGAGAAGGCGACUGGCAAGAAGUGGCAGGUCAAGAAGGAAAGUACCGAAGAGUCAGCCAAGAUCGGUGGAGAGAAGCUUGCUAAAGGAGACUUGAGUGGUUUUAUCAAUGUGGUGCGUGCGGUGACUUACGGUCCGCAAUAUGCUGGCAACUGGGAGGCUGGCCCGGGUUCUGACAAUGAACUGCUAGCGAUUCCGCAGGAGAAUGUCUUUGAGACUGUUCAGAGAAUUGUGGAUGAGAAAUAACUUUGCCUAAUUUGCAGGGAAAUAUUGACGAUUCACUCGGUAGGAGGCGUUCAUGCCAGGAGAUGAAAUCCUGGAGAGCAGGUUCGGUAGUCCAUAGGUUAUAUGAAAUUAAAGCCAAAUGUUGAUU